GUGGAGUUCACCGGAAAGAAUCCGAGGUGAAAAAUACAACAAAGCCAGUGAAGUAUACAGUUUCGCAUUAGUUAUGUGGGCCAUUUUAUAUCAACAAAUGCCCUUUAUUACCAUAACUUCAAAGGAGGAAAUCAAACGCAAAAUACUUGACAAAGCCCAUCCAGAACUUACUACCAUAGACGGUAUACCAGCUGAAUAUCAAGAAAUUAUUAAAAAAUCCUGGUCUCAUAAUCCUUCUGCACGUGAUAAUAUGAAAACUAUUUUAAACCAUUUGAAUAGAUUAGAUCUUGAAACUUUUUAUGAAUUUUCUAACCAGGAUGCAGAUGAUUAUUUUGAUUUUAAUAGUGCAAAUAUGGAUCCAGUAACCGCAACAAUAUUGAAAAGUAAGGAAUUUGAGAUGUGUCGUCGAUAUAGUCAAUAUCCAUCCAAAUCUAAACAAAUAGAACAAGGUAUUGAACAUCAUAAAAAUAAAAGAUAUGAUGAUUCAUGGAAAUUAUUUAAAGAUUAUUGUGAUCUCAAACCUGAAGAUCCACAUGCAAAUUUUUGGGUUGGUUUUUAUUACCUUAAAGGACAUUAUGUUAAGAAAGAUCUUCAAGAAGGAUUGAAAUACCUUAAAAAAGCUUCAGAGUUACAACAUCCGGAUGCACAAUAUUGGUACGCGUUAUCGUUAUUAAAUAGUUCUGUUAAGUUUGAAAAUGAUGGGUGCGAAGCCGCAAUGAAAUAUUUAAGAAUAUCAGCAUUGACGAAUUAUAAGGCAUUGGGAGUUCUGGGAAGAAUCGUACAAACUGGAAUUUAUGGUCGAAAAGCAAAUUAUCUCUUAGGAAAAGCGAUGAUUGAUGAAGCUCAUAAUAUGGAAAUGAUAAGUAGAAAAUUAAGUCCUAUUUAG